AACCAUCGUCGCAAUUCAUCGUUGCAGUAUUUGUUGCUUGUACCCCCACCCAUACACGAUCGGGGAAAAGUCAUUCUUCAAAACAUCGCUAGUUCCCGUACACUUGGCGUUGUGCCAGUACUGUUCCAGUUCUACGGCCGACUUAUACCCAUUCGGGAGCACAUCCAAGCUAGAAAGAUUCGCUCGCUAUCGGAAUAUUGAAGACAUCGGGCCCGCAGUCGCAGAGCAUCAUGUCGGCGGGUAUCGAAAUUUUCGAUCUACCGGCCCGGCAUUUUCGGCUGUUUUGGGGUGCCUCCGGUGAUUUGUGGCAAUCGCUGUGGGAUCGCUUCCUGGAUGUCACAGGCGAUGAUCCGUUCCGUCUGUGGAUAUUCGGAACCCUGGUGUACACCAUGAUCCUUUACUGGACCAUCGGAAGCGUGUACACUCUGUUUGACGCAACCAAUCGACCGGCUUUCCUACGUCGUUACAAGGUCCAACCGGGUACGAAUGAACCCGUAGACAGCACCCGGCUCAAGAAGGUCAUCCAACAAGUUUUGUUUAACCAAAUUUGCACCGGACUACCGAUGCUGCUCGGAUUGUACCAUCUGAUCAAACCACAAAACACGGCAACUAUUCGCCAUCUACCGACCUUCCAAACGGUCAUCUGGCAGCUGGUGGUUUGUGUUGUAAUCGAGGAAUUCGGUUUCUACUAUAGCCAUCGGUUACUGCAUGAUGGCCGCAUCUACAAGUACAUUCACAAGCAGCACCACGAGUGGACGGCUCCGAUUGCCAUCACCGCCAUGUAUUCCCAUCCGGUGGAGAAUAUGUUGAGUAAUUUACUUCCGAUCGGAGUGGGAGUGUGGGCCACCGGAUGUCACAUCUCCGUCGCUUGGUUGUGGUUCACGCUUGCCAUUUCCAACACGCUUCACGUGCACUCCGGCUAUCAUCUUCCGUUUCUGCCGAGUCCAGAGCAGCAUGACUUUCAUCAUUUAACGUUUACUCAAUGCUACGGAGUGCUAGGGGUACUGGAUUGGCUGCACGGUACAAACACCUUAUUUAUGAACUCGAAACAAUCCGAACGGGACUACAUUCUAACUAAGUUUGUUCCGGUGCGAGAGAUUCAUCCCGAUUCCGAUGCGGUGGUCACGCAAAAACGCGACUAAUCUAACACUAUAAAAUAAUUAGAAACGUUCAGAUGAUAUUUUUAGCAUGAUAUUUUUUAGAGAAUAGAGUAACCCAAAAUAGACUGACAA